AUGCCCAAACGCUCAACGUUCUUCCCAGGCAUUCUACGCCUCGCUCUAUAUCACAACUCUGCUCUCUGGCUACUAAUAGUUGCUUACAACACAUUCCGCUCACACAAGUCCCAGGUAAAGAGGAGCGAUCAAAGCUCUAUCCAAACCGUAGUUUCCGCACUAUUGGGAGGGCAUCUUCCUCGUCAUCUCAUCGUCAUCAUCAUCAUCAUCGUAGGUACGUCUAUUUCUUCCACCACGUGCUCUGAAACUAUAUUCCAUCUGGGUUUGAGUAGCACUUUGAGCAGCGAGUUGGAGUUCCGUGUCUCAAUGCAUAUGCUCAGUUGGACCAUAGGCUAUUUGUUGCUGUUGCUGUUGAUAUUGCUGUUGAUAUUGCUGUUGAUAUUGCUGUUGAUAUUGCCGUUGAUAUUGCCGUUGCUGUUCCUCUUUCCGUUGCUAUUCCUCUCGCCGUUGCUGUUCCUCUAGCUCAAGCUCUUGUCUUUUCUGUUCGAUGA